ACAAGGUGGGUCCGCCGUGUAUUUUUACGUAGGGGCCCACCAUAUUAGCCAGUGAUAGAGGGCGACAGAGGAGGCCACACAGGGAUGCCCACAGGGGAUCGGGAUUUAAUUAAGGAACUCCAUAAAAGAGGAAAUUGCUAGUGUAAUUAUAAUUCUUCUGUGUUAGUUUUUUUAAUUAAUAAUUAAUGGUUAAUGACCUCUAUAUAAGAAGUGCAGUGCGGAGCCAUUGUUGAAGUACUCUACAGAGAGAGAGAGAGGGAGAGCCCAAAACCCUCAAAAACCUCGCCUUUUGAUCUGUCUUCCACCUUUUCUCGUCCUCUUUUCUUGGAAUAUAGGACUUCGGUUCGCUACCGCCGUCGGCGUUCGUUCGUUUUUGCUGGCAGAUUGAGCAAUGGGAGCGGCGAUACUGACGGAUCUCUUGACGGAGAUCCUGAUCCCGGUGGCUGCCGUUGUGGGGAUUGGGUUCGCCUUGGUACAGUGGGGGCUGGUGUCGAGGGUGAAGCUGUCGCCGGAGAAGCAGGGGCCGCCGGCGGGGAGUAACAACAAGAACGACUACUCAGACUACCUCAUCGAGGAGGAGGAGGGGCUCAAUGAUCACAACAUCGUCGUGAAGUGCGCUGACAUACAACGCGCCAUCUCCGAAGG